AUGAAGGGUUGUAUAUUCAACAUCGAUGGAGGAUAUUUAGAAGGUCUUUGUCGCGGAUUUAAGUGUGGAAUUCUUCAACAAAGUGAUUAUCUUAAUCUUGUACAAUGUGAAACUCUUGAAGAUCUGAAACUACAUUUGGCUGGUACAGAUUAUGGUAGUUUUCUAGCUAAUGAGCCAUCACCACUGUCUGUCAGUGUGAUUGAUGAUAAAUUAAGAGAAAAACUUGUUGUGGAAUUUCAACACAUGCGCAACCAUUCUGUAGAACCGCUAUCACAAUUUUUAGAUUUCAUUACUUACAGUUAUAUGAUCGAUAACAUUAUUUUAUUAAUUACUGGAACUUUACAUCAAAGACCAAUUUCAGAGUUGAUUCCUAAAUGUCACCCUCUUGGCAGUUUUGAACAAAUGGAAGCCAUUCAUGUAGCAGCUACGCCUGCUGAGCUUUAUAAUGCAGUUUUAGUGGAUACUCCUUUAGCACCUUUCUUUGUGGAUUGUAUUUCUGAACAAGAUUUAGAUGAAAUGAAUAUAGAAAUAAUCAGAAAUACAUUAUAUAAAGCUUAUUUGGAAGCAUUUUAUAAGUUUUGUAAAGAAAUUGGUGGAACAACUGCAGAUACAAUGUGUGAAAUACUUGCGUUUGAAGCUGAUAGACGAGCAAUUAUUAUAACUAUUAAUUCAUUUGGAACUGAAUUGGGUAAAGAUGAUAGAGCAAAAUUGUAUCCACGUUGCGGUAAAUUGAAUCCAGAUGGAUUAGCUGCACUGGCAAGGGCUGACGAUUAUGAACAAGUCAAAGCUGUAGCAGAAUAUUUUGUUGUUCGCUUAAACGUUCAUGCUUUCCUUCAACAAUUUCACUUUGGAGUAUUUUACAGUUAUCUUAAAUUAAAGGAACAAGAAUGUCGUAAUAUCGUAUGGAUAGCGGAAUGUGUUGCACAAAAGCAUCGUGCUAAAAUAGAUAAUUACAUUCCAAUUUUUUAA